AUGUCUAUAGAGGAGACGAAUGACAACGGUGAAAAUGGGCAAGCAGAAGUGCCUCUAAUGGAUGGAGUUAACGCAGCAGAGUCCGUGUUGAACCAGUUUCUGCAAAACAAAUUCAUCGAGGCAAAGACCACAGCACAGUCAUUAGCCAGCCGUAGUAUGUACCACGCUGUCGCCUACGGCACCAUGCUUCAUCUACAGGCUACCGCCACUCUGGAACCCAGUGAUCUGGAGAAGGCGACAAAUCACAUCAAAUACGCUGUGAAGGCUUGCCUGAUGAAGCGGAGGAAGGCCAAAUUUGCUGACAACUUCACUAGAUCAACAAGCAAGGCGAAAGCAGCAUUCUAUGCGGCCUAUUCGGAUGACGAAGCGCACGCCGAACUCUGCUACGCCGAGAGCCUCCUCCAGUGGGUAUUUCUGGCUGUGUUGCAGGACGAGAAACUGGUGACCCUCAUCAAGAGCUCCAUCAAACUACGGGAAUGCUACAAAUGCUACAGGACCUGUUGGAAGAUCUACAAGAACAAGGACUGGGAGGAUCGACCCACGCGCGCGUCCUUUGAAUGCGGUGUUCUAAUGGGCGUUGGAGCUUUCAAUCUGCUCCUCUCCUUGCUUCCCUCCAAGGUCCUCUCCCUGCUGGAAAUAGCUGGAUUUUCUGGGAAAAAGGAAGUGGGUCUUCAACUUUUACAAGAGGGCAGCAAAAUUGAACACGGCGUUCGCGACUCGCUCUGUGCACUAAUACGCCUUGUAUAUGAUCUAUAUGCCACACAGAUGACCGUUGGGGACGAGGGUGCCGCAUUAGCGGACGCUCGCGGCUUGCUUCCAAUUUGGAUGACCAAGUGUCCAAAUAGUGCCUUCUUCCUCUUUCUCCGUGGCCGCCUGGCUACCCUCAGUGGAGAUUUUCGUGGGGCAAAAGACUACUUUUUCAAGUCCAUAUCCUGCCAAACAGAUUUCCAGAAUUUUUAUCACAUUUGCUACUGGGAGAUGAUGUGGUGUCACUGUGUCCAGGGCGAGUGGAUGGAUGCAAUGAAGUAUGCGGAGAGGUUGGCCUGUGAGAGCAAGUGGAGCAAUGCGACAUAUCGCUACCUCCAGGCGGUUUUCAUUAUCCAGUUCCUUGAUGAGGAACGCAUAGCUGCAGCCCACUCAAAUAACACCUCUCGCAAGGCCUCCAGUCCUGCGCCAGUCGACUGCGAUCCCAAAGACGAUGCUGACGGUGGAGUUUUGGCAAAAAAUGUGGAGGAUCUGCUUGAAAGUGUUCCUCAAAUGAUUCAACGAAUAGCAGGAAAGUCCCUUCCCAUUGAAAAAUUUGCCUUGAAGAAGGCAUUGAGGUUCUUUGAACAAGGCAAGAGACUUACUCUACCCGGUCUUGAAAUCAUGUACCUCUGGAGUGGUUUCAAACUCAUUAAUGACAAUCGGGAUCUGGUGAAUAAGUUCCUCCUGAUAAUCGAGGCCAAGAUUCACAGUCUCGUUGACAACCAAAAGAACAUCACCAACUACACAGAAGACUUCUGUUUGGCCACUCUCCUCAAGGGCGUGUGUCUUCGGUGUUUACGAAAGCGCUUCCAGGCAAGGAUGUGUUUCAUGGAAGUCCUUAUGAAUGAGAAGGCAAUACGUCUGGACAGGUACCUUCUACCCUUCAGUGAGGUCGAGCUCUGUCAAAUUGCCCUGGAAGAAGGUGAAAUUGACGAGGCCAAAUCCCACCUUGACAAGGCGUGGAAUUACACUAGGUACAGCCUGGAGGCGCGGCUCCACUUCCGUCUGCACUCCCUGAGCGCACAGAUAAAGGCCCUGAAGAAUCCCAAACUACGUGGCAGUAAGAGUUUGCAGGCCACUCCGGUGAAUUCGUGGCACAAUGGACUCAAUAAAUUCUCUGACAAUGAUGAAAAUCCCUUCGACAUUCAAUUUAACUCCUCACUUGGCAACUACGAUGACAACCAAAUUACCCUUGAACUAAAUGCCGAGAAGUGA